GUGUGUGAUGUAUACACAUAUAUGUAUAUACACAAGGAAUUUUGGUGGAACAAUACCAUCACAAGCUCAGGUGUAAACAUAACAUAUUGUUGUUUAGGAGGAGAGAAAAAAUGUAUGUAUAGAGGUUGGCUGCCCUGCUGAUGUGAAUAUCUCUUUGAAAAUCAAGCAGAAAGAGGAUAACUAUGGACAAAUGCUUUGAAACUUCCAGCUUCCAUAUUCAAAUUGUAAAUUCACAUUUAUACCAAUAAUAACCGGUUUUCUGAGGAAAUGCCUAAGUGGCAAUCAAGAUAAGCCUAUGUCCAGAAAUCCGGAAAAUCCAGAAAUCCGGACCACCUCCAGCCCCAAGGUUGCUGGGAAAAAAAUAAAAUUUGAUUCGGAUAGGGAUCUGUGAAAUAGUUGUUAAACUAUUUCUCUGCACGCGGUUGAUGUCAUGAAAGAUAUUUAUGAGCGGAAGUAGUAUUAAAUCUUGCCCCCAUGUGUUCCUCUGAUGUGGUUUCAAAUUCGGAUCAAAUCCAGCGCAAAAGUUAACAAGAAGAUGCUUUGUUAAAAAUAUAAGUUAACAAGAAAAAGAGAGAAAAAAAAAGGGAAAAAAGCCAACAGGUAGAAAUAAGCUUGUUUAUAUUUUUUUUUAAAGUAGACUUUAAAAAAAAGGAAGAACAAAAACAAAAAAAAAAUGAAUGGCGGGGGAAAUGGAAAGAAAGUUUGUCUGUGAAAAUAAUUCUAUUACCAUUUCAUGGCAGUACAUGUUUAAUUUCGUGUCGUAUCUGUUGUCAGUGUCUACAUUGUCCGGAUUGAGUGGGGAAAACAAAACGUAGCGACCAUCCACCCUCAAUACUAACGUUGCCUGGAUGAAAGUUAAUAUAGAUGAGGCCUCAAACAUUACCAUAAACAAGUCCACCUUCGUUCACUGCUAACAUGUGAACGAAAUACUUGCAAUCAUUUAACAAGUUCAUCCUUAGACACAUAAACAUACACACAGACUGAAUAUACCUUCUCUCUAUAUUUUUGUGGUGGGUUGUAAUCACUUAACGCUCUUAAAAACGUUCGCAUUUUUCCUUCAUACAAGAGACUCCAUUAUUUUACCGUUAUAUAUGUGUAUAUAGUUAUUUAUAUGUGUGUGUAUAUGUAUAUAUAUAUAUAAAGUAAUGGUGUGAGUGUCACAAGUUCUCACUCAGUCAAAGAAUCUCUUAAACCAAUCUCUCGAAGCAAAAAUAUUUGCUUUCGUUUAUCUUGCUUACAUUAAUGGUAAAAUCCCAUGUUGUAUAUAUAUAGAGAGAUAUAAUAAUAUAUGCCUACAUAUAAUAUAUGUUUAUACGACUUAUUUUUAACUUGUUAGCCAAAGAAUAUUUCCUCCCUGAACACGUAAAACAUUAAAUGUAUUUUGUAGUGUAUUAAGAGAUUUUAUUAGAACUUUAAUUGAAAGAACCUCCACAAUAAUAAUAGUAAUAAUAAUAAUAAUUAUUAUUAUUAUUAAUUAAUAUGAAAAUCUACCUGUUUCGUAUAUGUUUGCAAAGAUCAUGUUGGUGAGAGUAAAAGAACUGAGGCCGUUCUGUUUUUUAUGCUAUACACCCUGAAUGAGUGGAACCGUAGUCAAAAUGGACUUGGCAAGUGCAGGCCCCAUCGUGUUGCACACAUUAACAAAUGCUUGCAGCCAGAAUGCUGAUGUUCUCAAACCUGCUGUGCACCAGUUAAAACAAUGGGAGACCAGUCCAGGAUUUUAUACUAUUCUGUCGACAAUCUUUCAAAAUCAUGAGAUUGAUUUUAAUAUACGAUGGCUGGCUGUACUCUACUUUAAGAAUGGUAUUGAACGAUACUGGCGGCGAAAUGCUCCCAAUGCCAUAGCAGAAGAAGAGAAGAAUGCUCUAAAGAAGCGUCUAAUAGACAACUUCAAUGAGCCUGUACCACAGGUUGCUACCCAGCUUGCUGUCCUCAUUGGUAAGAUAGCUCGUAUGGACUGCCCGAGGUAUUGGCCUGAGCUAAUCCCCACACUGUUAAUGGUUGUGCGUUGUAAUGAUAGGCUGCUACAAGAACGUUCCCUCCUUGUGCUGCAUCAUGUCAUUAAGUCGCUGGCUUCAAAACGUCUCAUGGCUGACCGCAAGCUCUUUGAAGAAGUAGCGGACAACUUGUUUUCAUAUGUGCUGAACUUGUGGAAUACGCACAUGGAGACCUUUCUGCAGCUUGCGUCAAAGUACGAGGAUGGUGUAUUAGAAUCCUUGGACAAAAGUAUUUUAGGGCUCAAAGUUUUACGAAAAUUGGUUUGUUUUGGAUUCAAGGAUCAGCAACUUCCCACUGAUGUCAUUGUAUUUAUCAACAUGAUAUUUUCAAGACUGGAUCCGUUUUUAGAAUGUAGGCGUAAUCUCUGGGGGAAUCAGCAGAUGGUUGAAAAAUGUGAGAAAUUAAUUUUACUGAUGACAAAAGUGCUGAUAGAUAUGUUGGAAGUUCAUCCUCUCUCAUUUGUCCAGUUUAUACCAACAACUUUGCAGUUUGUAGCAAGGUACAACUUUGUGGAUAUUGGUGAAAGUCUCCAUUUUCCUCACUUUACUGUAAAUUGUCUGAAUAUGCUGAAAAUUAUUGUACACACUGAUAGUUACAAAGUUGAUACUCGAAAAGAAAAGGUAAAUCCAGCUUCAGUGGAAGCCCACAAAUUAAAGAUGGAAACUCUCACUCCAAGUACCCUGACUGAGGUUUGUUGCUAUCUUAUAAACCGUUAUUUUCUGCUGUCUCCAGAAGAUCUUCAAACGUGGGAGUCUGAUCCAGAGUCAUUUUGUCAGGAUGAAGGUGGAGAUUCAUACAAGUUCUCACUAAAGCCUUGCACUGAAGUUUUAUUUCUGUCACUGUUCAAAAACUUCCACAGUACGUUGGCACCCGUUCUGCUUGAUAUGGUUCAGAAUGUCCAAGGCCCAUGUGGCGUCGAUGAUAUGGCAGCAAUUUUACGAAAGGAUGCUGUGUACAACGCAGUAGGAUUGGCAUCCUUUGACCUUUUUGAUGACAUAGAUUUUGACCAGUGGUUCACGAGCCAUCUAAUACCUGAACUACAGAACAAACAUACAAAUUACCGAAUUAUACGUCGUCGUGUGAUAUGGUUGGUGAGCCAGUGGGUUGGUGUAAAGUUGUCGGUCUCGUUGAGAGCAACACUGUAUGAAACUAUACUUCCAUUAUUGCAAGAGAAAGAGGAUUUGGUCGUACGACUUGAAGCUGCAAACACACUCAGGACUGCUGUAGAUGACUUUGAAUUUAAUACUGAGCAGUUUUUGCCAUAUUUAAGUCCCUCCUUCAGUCUUCUCUUCCAACUGCUGAGAGAGAUAAAGGAAUGUGAUACUAAGAUGCAUGUUCUUUAUGUGAUAUCGUUUGUUAUUGAGCGUGUUGGCGCCCAGAUCCGUCCAUAUGCUGACCAGCUUAUACUUUAUUUACCACUUCUCUGGGAUUCCGAUCAUAAUAUGUUACGAUGUGCAAUCCUUACAACUCUAAUCCGCUUAGUUAAGGGUCUCGGCACCAGCUGUAACACGCUGUAUGAUUUCUUGAUUCCUGUGAUUCGCCUUAGUACCGAUGUCACCCAACAGUUCCAUGUCUACUUGAAGGAAGAUGGACUUGAUCUUUGGCUAGAAACUUUACAUAAUUCACCAGUUAUGACUCCAGGACUGCUGGACUUGUUCACUGCAAUGCCAGCAAUACUGGAGUUUGGAAAUGAAGACCUGAAAGUGUGUCUGAAGAUAGUUGAAGCUUAUGUAGUUCUAGGACAAAAAGAAUUUAUGCAGAGAUUUUCCCAAGACAUUGUGAUGUCAUUUUCCAAUCUGAUAACAGAUAUCAGAACCGAUGGAAUCUUGCUGAUAUUAAAGGCAGUUGAACUAAUUUUCCAAUCAUUCCCCUUGGAGGCUCCUCAAGCGUUCCAACCUCUGCUUUCCCACAUUUUCAAAACUACCUUAGAGAAUAACGAAUUGGUUACUGUGCUAUCAAUGCAACUGUAUAUCCUUGGCCGUGUCCUUCUGCAGAAUCAGGAGUAUUUCUGGUCAUUCCUUGCACAGGAGUCUGCUAAAAUGGACAAAGAGAGUCGAACAUUACUUGGCAUGUUACUGGAUUUGUGGUUUGAGAAGAUGGAUUCUAUAACCAAACCUGAGCACCGCAAGUUAUCAGCCCUGGCGUUGUCUUCACUACUUACCAUGAACUUGAGCCCUAUAACCGAGAGGUUUUCUGGAAUCCUGAAUGUGUGUGUUGAAGUUCUACAUGACAUUUGUCGUGCUGACUGCGAUACGGGGAAGCAGACAGACUGUCUUGUUAUUGGAGAAGAAGAAGAUGCUGAGAGCAAUGAAGAAAACACAGAUACAGAGCAUGAAAAACGAAAGCAAAUGUUGUUGCGCCAUGAUCCAGUGCAUGCAGUGUCUCUCAAAGAAUUCGUCGUCUCACAGCUGACCAUAUGCCAGCAGCUCCAUGGUCAAUUACUGUUUGACCAACUUAUGGCCAACAUAGACAAAGAUAUACUCAUACAGCUACAAGAGUUAACUUCCUGAACCCCUGAUCCUCCUCAACUCUUCACCACUACACCACACUGCUUAUUAGCCAUUUCUUCCACCCUCCCCCUUGUCUUCUGCUAUCCUCUCGUUUUCUCCUCCUUUUUCUGCUAUCUGUUUUCUCUCUUUUCUUCUUUAAUCUUCUUGUUGUUGUUGUUGUUGUUGUCCAUCCCUUACUAUGAAUCCCAUGCAACAUAAAGUCCCCCCAAAAAAAGUUCUGUGCUCCAGCAUGGCCACAGUCCAAUGACUGAAACAAGUGA